CCAAUAUCGCCAGCUCCAGGUACCACCUGUCCACUCACGCACCCAAACGCGCCUCGCAACCCCGGCGCAAAACGGCUCUCGAGCCCACGACCGACGACUAGCUCCUCUAUCCUACACACAAUCCAUUGCAACCAGCUUUGCAACGAUUCCUAUCACGAACCGACGACGAAACGAAACGGAAUCGAGGCGCGCCUACUCCAGACAAGGGGGUAGUAAUCGAAAGGGCACUCCAACCAAGCUACCUAUACCAAACCUACCUCAACCUCAAACUCUCAAAUCCGACACACACAGCAGACAAUGUCAAACUACUACCAACCCCAACAAUCCUACGGCCCCGGCGCAGGAGGCGGCGGCGGCGGAGGAGGAGGAGGUGCCCAAAACCUCCAGUUCUACCCCUCCUCCUACUCCCCAGCCGGCGCCGUCUCGGGCCACGCAACCCCACAACAGGCCUCGUACGGCUACGGAGCCCAACCCGCCGCGGCAGGUGGCUUCGGCGGCGCGGCGGCUUUCGGUGCUCCUCCUGGCGGCGGCGUCGGUGUGUCGGGUCGCAUGGGCGAGCAGGGCGGUCUGCGCACGGGUUGGCUGGCGGCCUUUUCGACUGAAGGGUACGACGGCGAGCCGCCCUUGCUCGAGGAGCUUGGGGUCAACUUUGGACAUAUUCAGGCAAAGACUCUGGCUGUCCUGAACCCCUUCCGCCGAAUCGACCAACACCUAAUGGACGACGCAGACCUCUUCGGUCCCCUACUCUUCGUCCUCUCCUACGGCACCUUCCUCCUCCUCUCCGGCAAAAUCCACUUUGGCUACAUCUACGGCCUCGCCCUCCUAGGAAGCACCUCCCUCCACAUAAUCCUCUCCCUCAUGACACCCACCGACGCCCACCCCUCAACAGCACCCCAAGCACCCCAAUACGGCGGGCCCGUCUCCUCCGUCGGCGGAGGCUACCCCGGCGCCCCGGACACCCACCACGACCACCCGUCGCGCAACGCCGCGGGCCACUUCUCCUCGACCUUGACCUUCACCCGCUCUUCCUCCGUUCUGGGAUACUGCCUCCUCCCCCUGGUCGCCACCAGCGUGUUCGGCGUCUUCAUGCCCAUGGACACGCCCCUCGGUAUCGUCUUUACCACCAUGGCUAUCCUUUGGUGCACGUACUCCGCUUCGGGCAUGUUUUGCGCCGUUGGACGGAUGAGGGGCAUGCGCGGGCUCGUGGCGUACCCGCUUGCGCUAUUUUACGUCGGGUUCGGUAUCAUGGGUAUUUUCAGCUCUAGGGGCAGCGGCGGGUCUCUGGCCAAGGCGGCGGCUGGGCUGAAGGGUUGAGCAGGGUAGGGUGACAACAUGAAGGAAAAUCCUUAGAAUCACCAAAAAAGACAGACAGGUCCCACGCGAGGAAUCUCGAAAACGCCGGAACUGUAGAGAGACCCAAUCAUACCAACAAGGGCACGGCGCAUUUUGGUGUAUGCCAUGGAAGUUGAACGUUGUGGGAGCCACGGGAGAGGUGCGAGAGCCAACAGGAGCCCAAACAAAGGAGCCACGAUAGACGAACAAGGCAGCGAGACAGACAGAUGCAUGCCCACGGCUACCAGGAGAGGCGGAAGCCAAGGGGCCGACGAUGCUUCACGUCAUUGUACAAUACUCUUAAUCAUGUUCAGACGAAGCCAGAAAUAAAUUUUUGAUAGCCC